UUCCUGUACAAACGGAAGCAUUUUAUUUUGAAAUUUAAAGUGACACUGGAAAUAAACGGGGCAGGGGGAAUUCUGAAGAGGUGGAAGAGGAGAGCUGUUUUUCUUAUCUUUUUUAAACUUCUAACAGACAGAAAGAGCUCAUGUCGGGAUAAAAGGUUCCGCCGCCAAAAAAACGAAAUUUCCGCAGAGUGAGUGUUCUCUCGCAGCAUAGACGAUCUUCGGCUGCGUGCAUGCACCAGUAGGAAGGCGCUCGCGAACAGAACAGGACGGGACUCUCCGGGCGGCGGUUGAUCUGUGGAGGAGCAGCGGACCCGCCAUGGACAGGACGGCCGUGGUGAAGGUCGGAGCGGCGGCCAGCGCCAGCGUCUGCGCCCUGUUCGGCGGCGUAGUUCUGGCCCAGUACAUCGUCGCCAAGAAGAAGCGAGCCGGGAAGAAAACCAGGAUCAUAGAGAUGAUGCCUCAGUUUGAGAAGACGACGGUCCACAUGAGGGACCCUGAGAGGGUGGAGCAGAUCAUCUGUGGCCUCAUCAAAGGAGGAGCUUCCAAACUACAGGUCAUCACAGACUUUGACAUGACGUUAAGCAAGUUUGCAGUCAACGGCAAACGCUGUCCGUCGUGUCACCAUAUUGUUGAAAACUGCAAGCUGGUGUCGGAGGACUGCAGGCAGAAGCUGCUGCAGCUGAAGAAUAAAUACUAUCCCAUCGAGAUCGACCCUCAGCUCACCAUGGAGGAGAAAUAUCCAUUCAUGGUGGAGUGGUAUUUCAAGUCUCACACACUUCUGGUGGAGCAGCGGAUAGAGAAAGACAAACUGUCAGAGGUGGUGAGGGAGUCUGACGCUGCACUCAGGGAAGGCUUUGAGCAGUUCUUCGACCGCCUGCAGCAGCACAAUGUGCCUGUCUUCAUCUUCUCCGCCGGCCUGGGCGACGUCCUGGAGGAAAUCAUCCGCCAAGCCGGAGUCUACCACCCCAACGUCAAGGUCGUCUCCAACUUCAUGGACUUCGACGACAACGGCGUCCUGAAGGGCUUCAAAGGUGAGCUGAUCCACGUGUACAACAAACACGACGGCGCCCUGCGGAACACGGAGUACUUCAAACAGCUGAAGGAGUACUGCAACAUCAUCCUGAUGGGCGACUCACUGGGGGACCUCAGCAUGGCCGACGGAGUGCCCAACGUAGAGAACAUGCUCAAGAUCGGCUUCCUCAACGACAAGGUGGAGGAGCGACUUGACAAAUAUCUGGACUCUUAUGACAUCGUCCUGGUGAAGGACGAAACUCUGGAAGUGCCCAACGCCAUCCUCCAGAAGGUUCUAUAACUCCCACCUCCUCUCCUCCCAUCAGCCCGUUCCAGCGUCGGGCCUCUCAGACUUUCUAACACCACCUUAAACCUUUUUGUCGCCGGUCCGGAGCGGUCACUAUCUAACCCCUCCACCUGCUCUGGAUCCCCCCCUGUAAAAACCUUUUUUUUAAAAGACGUUUUACAUCUCCUGAAUGAACUGUUUUUAAAGUCCACACGGCAGCAGCAGCCUGUCUCUGGUGUGUUUUUGUUCCUUUGAAUAGUUUCUGAUGUUGUUUUAUGAUAAAACGAAUAACCAAAAGUGAGAUUAAGAGGAAGCACCAGCUCUCACUCCAUCUUUAUCAUUUGCAUCUCAUUGUUAACAUUGUUAUUCAUAGAAUUAUUUUUGAUAUGGUGAUAUUUUUAAACCAUAAAACAGGCGCCCACAGACGGAGAUGGACACAGUGUUUUUGGUGGAGCUAUCCCAGCAUGCCUCAGUUUCUCUGGUCUUGUGACUUUUCUUGUUUAGAACAUGAAACUGAGCCUUUGGUGUCACAUGUCAAACAAGCUGCUUUAGAGCUUUUGCAGGUCAUGGAAGUAAUCAAGUUCAUUAAGGACCUUUUUGAAAAUGUAAUUCCUCGUUAAUAUUAAAAUUAGUUGCAAUAUAAAGACCACCGACACAGAACUAGUUGGGGGGAAGAAUUAAAAGGAUUCAGAUUGUCAGUAUGAAACUCAGGUGUUCAGAGGAAACGCACUUUAAAUUCUGUGUACGGGAGAACGGGCCUGUACAUGAACACGUGGCUGUAGUUUUUGAUUUGUGGAUGUCGGACACAUGCUUGCACAGAAAAGCCAUGUUUACAUUUGCUUUUUUUUCCUUUUUUUUUUUAAAAACCCUGUUGUGCUCAUUUGACUUCAUAUCAACUUUUAGAAGAAGAAGCAGCUCAAAGAAAUUCAGACCUGGUAUCAACUUUUGUCCUGAGCGAUCCCAUUACAAGUGGACACCUCCGACUCUGUUGUGUCAAGGUGUCAUUUUUAACACAAUGAGAGAAAAAAUUUCUUGUAUAACAUUUGCCAAAUCAACAAGAAGGCCCGAAUAUUUAAGAAUUUAUUGUUGAAACGUUUCUCAAAGUUUACAAAGUUUCUCCAAACGCAGCAAUUCUCAAAAUGAAGCAAUCUUUUAAUGGAGUCUGGGGACUUUUUCCAAAGGUGUCAGAGAAGUAGACAAUAUUGAUUACUGUUAACUGCAUUUGUAAAAUUUGACAUGUUUACCCUCGAUAACCAACUUCUUUGACAAUUUAAACGACAUCCUUUCUGCCUGUUGUUGCCCUUCUACUUCUUCUUCUUCUUCUUCUUCUUCUUCUUCUUCUUCUUCUUCUUCUUCUGCUUCUGCUUCUGCUUCUUCAAGUGGCUGUCAGGAUCUCUGUUGAUACCAGGUCUGCAUCUUCUCCCAAAUGCCCUUAAAACGUUCUGAGCUUCUCUGCCUUGUUGACUGAACAAUCAAGUGUUGUCCAUGCCAGUGUUUGAGGUUAAAGAGAUAUAAUAUAAUGAUAAUAAAUAAGAUUUUUUAUCGUCAUUAUAGGGAAUUACAAUAGUAUAAUCCCCUUGAACCAAAGUAACAGGUGAAGUGUUGCAGAGUUAUAAUAUAUCUAUAGUGUCGUCGACCGUUUCAGUGAACAGAAAGAAGCACACUGCUGCCUGUGGCUCAGUAAAACCCAGCAUAGAAACUGACUCAAGUUCAUCAUCCUUUCACUCUCCCUCUCUUGUUAAAAAUGAGCACUACCUCUAAAAUAUUCAUCCUUGUUUGUUUCGGGAGGUCAAAGCUAAUAAGUCACCGUCUCUGUUUGUUGCGACAUGUCGUGUUGAAUGUUCUCUUUGUGUUUUAAAUGUGCUGCUAUCACCUGCAUGUUGCCUUUUCUUAUUGUUAUGUUUAUGUCAAAAAGAAACUGGGAGACUAAAAAAAAAAUAUAUAUAUAUCAAUAAAACGGGGAAUAAUGUCAUACUGUA